AUGGUCCCAAAAGAAGCCCAACAGUACAUGGGAGUUGUACGGCUUCUUCAGCAUUUCAGAUGGACUUGGAUUGGGCUCUGUGCUGUGGAUGAUAACAAAGGGGAAAGGUUCUUGCAGACAAUGGUGCCUAUACUUUCCCAGAAUUUCAUUUGUGAAGCCUUCAUACUGAGAAUAACAAAAUGGGAUUAUGUGGACCAGCUGACAGAAGUAAUGGUGCAGCACUGGAAAAGCUACAAUACUGUCAUUGAGAGCAAAGCCAAUGUAGUCUUUAUAUAUGGAGAACCUCCAUCCUUUCACAUGUUAAGUACAUUGCUGUUUCUAGCACCCUUCUUGGAUUUGCCACCACUGGGGAAAGUGUGUAUUAUUACCUCCCACUGGGAUUUUGCUUUGCAUUCUCUUCAAAAGAUGUGGGACAUGCAAACUUUCCAUGGCUCCAUAUCCUUCUCUGUUCACUCAAAUCAGCCAUUAGAGUUCCAAAUGUUUGAGUACAUUUUGAGGCCUUCCAAGGCCAAAGGAGAUGGUUUUAUUCUGGACUUCUGGGAACAGGCAUUCAACUGUUUACUAAAAAUGCCCGAUGGGAGGGAGGAGGGCAAGGAGAUCUGCUCAGGGCAUGAGAAGCUGGAGAGCCUUCCUGGAACGUUCUUUGAAAUGGAGAUGACUGGCCACAGCUAUAAUGUGUACAAUGCUGUCUAUGCUGUUGCACAUGCUUUGCAUGCCAUCUAUGAUACCAGAUUCAAAGGCAGAAGACUGGCAGAAAGAGAGGUUCUAGCACAUCAGAAUGUGCAACCAUGGCAGCUCCAUCACUUUCUAAGCAGCAUCUGGUUCAAUAACAGUGCUGGAGACAUUGUGCAUUUUAAUGAACAUGGAGAAUUGGUUACACAGUUUGAUGUUACCAACUGGCUGAUGUUCCCCAAUGGCUCCAUGGCUAGAGUGAAAGUUGGAAGCCUGGUCCCCCAGGCUCCUGCAGGACAAGAGUUAACCAUUGAUGAUGACCAAAUCAGGUGGCACACAAGUUUUAAUCAGGGGGUGCCCACUUCUAAGUGCAAUGACUACUGUUAUCCAGGCUACAGCAGGAAAAAGAAGGAGCAGGAGAAAUUUUGCUGCUAUGACUGUGCUCCAUGUCCAGAAGGCAUGAUCUCUCACAUGAAGGAUAUGGAUGCUUGCAACAAAUGUCUAGAUGAUCAAUACACCAACAAGGAACAAACGCAAUGUCUUCCCAAGAUUCUGAGCUACCUCUCUUAUGAAGAAGCUCUAGGCAUCACAUUGACUAGCUUGGCUAUUUCAUUCUCUUUCAUCACAAUGUUCGUGCUUGGCACUUUUCUCAAGCACAAGGACACCCCCAUAGUCAAAGCCAACAACCGAAGCAUCACCUACAUCCUUCUCACCUCCCUCCUUCUUUGCUUCCUUUCCACCUUGCUUUUCAUUGGGCAGCCUGCAAAGGUGACCUGUCUCCUGCGACAAAUGGCUUUCAGCAUUGUCUUCUCUGUGGCCCUUUCCAGCAUCUUGGCCAAAACCAUCACUGUGCUUCUGGCGUUUGUGGCUACAAAGCCAGGGUCCAGCAUGAGGAAAAGAAUGGGGAAAGGACUAGCCAAUUCCAUUGCCCUUUCUGGCUCCUUAAUUCAAGCAGCCAUUUGUUCACUUUGGCUAGGCACGAACCCUCCAUUUCCAGAUGUGGACAUGCAUUCACUGGAUGACAAAAUCAUUCUGGAAUGCAAUGAAGGGUCUGCCCCCAUGUUUUAUUGUAUCUUGGGCUUCUUGGGAUCCCUGGCUAUAGUCAGCUUCUCUGUGGCUUUCCUAGCCAGGAAGUUGCCUGAUGCUUUCAAUGAGGCCAAGUUCAUCACCUUCAGCAUGCUGGUCUUCUGCAGUGUGUGGUUGUCCUUUGUUCCAGCCUACCUGAGCACCAAAGGAAAAUACGUGGUGGCUGUGGAAAUCUUUGCCAUCUUGUCAUCCAGUGCUGGACUGCUGGGUUGCAUCUUUGGCCCCAAAUGCUAUAUUAUUGUACUCAGGCCUGAGCUGAACAGCAGGGAGCACCUAAUAAGAAGGAAAAACUGA